AUGGUUGUAGAAAAUCAUUAUCCCCAUCUUUCGGAACUCACUAGCCACCAAAAGGAUAAAAUUGCGGAACUACGAUCGAAAACAAAGGAUAUUCUGGCCACAUACCCUGAGUAUGAUACCGACUUCUCAUUACUCCGCUGGCUUAUGGGAUGGGAUUACAAAAUUGAUGUGAUUAUUCCAAAGAUGAAAUACGCCGUUGAAACGUUGGUGAAUCUCGGAAUGAACAACCACCAGACAACAAGCAUCCAACAAAUAAAUAAAGACAUCAAGAAUAUGUCAGCUGUUGCUGAGUACUUUCCAGGAGGUAUAAUGGGACAGAGCAAACGAGGUGAUGUGGUCUACAUGCAAGCUAUGGCUAAGGCUCAUCCAAAAACAUUGGUGAAAGCAGGUCCAACAUCCCAACUGUUCCAACUUUGUAUUUCCGAGACGGAAAUGUCAUUCAAAAUAAUCCGCCAGACAGAAGAAGAAAAACAACGUAAAAUGGGAGUAAUCAUCAUAAUGGAUCUCGACGGUUUCAACAUGGACUUGCUAUACACUCCAACACUCAAAGUAUACAUGAGUUUGCUAACUAUGCUGCAGAACAUUUUCCCUGACUUCGCUCGCAGAAUUUUUAUUAUCAACUGCCCAACAAUGAUGUCAGCAGUAUAUGCAAUGGUGUCGCCUGUUCUGUCCUCUCAGACACGUGAAAAGGUUCGAUUCUUGGAUAAGGAUUGGAAAAACCAUCUGAUCGAAGAGAUUGGCGAGGAGAACAUUUUUAUGCAUUGGGGCGGCAACAAGAAACACGAACAUCCGUGUGGCGAUAUUCGAAUGGGAGGAAAGGUUCCCGAGAGUCUGUGGUACAAUGAAACCCACAAACUUGAAGGAGACCGUACAAAGAUUUCAAUUUCUGCAAGAUCUAAGACAGAGGUGAAGAUGUAUGGGGAAACCGGAAAGCACUUCCAUUGGCUUUGGCGUGUUAGCAGUGGCGACAUCGACUUUAGCAUCGAAAAAGACGGUCGAGUAGUUUGGCCAGUUUUCCGAUGCCUUACUGAAUUCCAUCCAGAGAUCGGGUCUUACAAAAUUGAGGAGAAUGGAGAAUACGUUUUUGUCUUUGAUAAUUCACAUGGGAAAAUCUUCGGAAAAGACGUCAAGUAUAAGAUUGUGUUGGAGUAA